UCUUCUUACAGAAUACAUGAAGAUCAUUGCUAUUUUCUACUACCCGCUCCUGUACUAUCCCCUGCUGGUGUGCGGCACCCUGCAGCUCAAAGCGGGCUACGUGUUCGGGACCCUGCUGUCCUUCACCCACUUUGGGGUCCUGGUGUGGCAGAAGUUCGACUGUCCCAAGACUCCCGAGAUCUAUAAGUACUACGCCCUGCUAGCCAGCCUGCCCCAGCUGGCCUGCCUGGCCUACCUCUGCGUGCAGUUUCCCGUGCUCUUCAUCAAAGGGCCGAAGGCCGACGAGGACCUUGACAGCAGCUACUACAACAACUAUGUGAAAUCCCUUCUUAAAAGAAAGUCCUUGUCCACCAGUUCGGAUUUAGACAAGCCAUCUCUGGCAAAGAGAAUCCUGGAGGUGGCCAAAGGUUACAUCUACACACCCGAAAAAGUGUUCCGUUUCCCGCUCAAGCUGGCGGUGUCGUCCUUCAUCACGGGCGUGGCCAUCUAUCAGGCCGCCCUGCUGCUGGUGGUCCUGGUGGUGCCCACCCUGCACAUCGUCCGGGCGGGUAUAGACGAGAACAUCGCCUUCCUGCUGCUGGGCUUCGGCAUCGUGCUGUCAGACGACCGCAUGGAGGUGGUCCGCAUCGUGACGUUCUACACCUGGCUGCUGGAAGUGUGCUACCUCUGUGCCAUGACCCUGUCCUGUCUGGUCAGUAUUUUCAUGCUCAUGAGGUCCAUGGUUCUGCACAGGUCGAACCUGAGGGGACUGUACAAGGGCGACGUUUACAGCAUCUAUAAGAGCCAGAAGACCAUCCGGCCCUCUAAAGUCGGGGUGGUCUGCUGGAUGGGGCUCACGGGGUACCAGGCUGCCAUCGUCUGCCUCGGAAUGGCCAUCCAGACGCUGGUGUUCUUCAUCUGCUUCCUGUUCCUGGUGUUUCUCAUCAUCAUCCCCGUGUUUCACGGCCGGAACAUCGUCGUGUUUGAGGUUGCAGGAAAGGCUUGGCCUGUGUGGGUCACCCUCCUGCUGGUGACCGCCCUCCAGCACCUGACGGCAAAGUUUCUUUUCAUAAAGAACGAGGCCGGGACCAGAGAUUUAAAGAACAGAGAGAGUCUGUUCCUGCUGACCUACCUGCUGUUCGUGGUCAACAUUGUGGUGGGGCUGGUGGUGGCCAUAUGGAGGAUGGUGAUAACCGCCUUGUUCAACAUCAUCCACCUGGGCCGUGUGGACAUCAGCCUCCUGCACCGCACGGCAGAGUUCUACGACCCGGGUAAGGUGGCUCAGGGACUCGGGAACGAGGCGCGCGAGGCGUUCGCUGACGUCCCUCCGCCUCUUCCAGCCUACAGCUACUACGCCAGCUUCCUGAAGGUGGAGGUCAGCCAGUCGCACCCGGUGCUGAAGGCCUUCUGCGGGCUGCUGCUGGACGCCAUGGUGGAGGGCGGAAGGGCCGGGCAGAAAAUACGAGAUGCGGAGGAAGGGAUUCAGGAGAACCGGCCCGGCAAGGCGACCAGCAGCCGGAGGAUCUGCGCCCGCUGGCAGCUGCUCUACACGCUGGUGAAGAACCCCUCUCUGCUGGGCUCCAGGAAGCACUUCCAGACCCUGCAGAGCUCAGGAAGCGUCCUGAACGGCACCCCCAACCGCACCACCAAGAAGGGCAGCGUGAGGGAGGCCGGGGAGCCGGCGGCCGAGCCGGUCCAAGCCCCAGAAACCCCAGCAGGCCAAGAAAAAACCGAAUGAAAGCCCUCUUCUACACCAUGAACAAACAAGCAGAGUGUUCGAUGUGUGUUCUGCCACAUGCUGCUUUGAUUUAGAAACUAUUUAUAGCUGAAAACCUCAUUUAACCUUGUGAGUCUAUCACUCAAAUAUCCAUUUCUGCUGUAUCUGCUCAUUUUCACCUUUUGAGGCGCUUCAUAUACGCUGAUACUCCAAGUGAAAACGCACAGAGUGAGCUCUGAAUGAAGAAUGAAAACUUGUAUUGGACUUUGUGACAAAAAAAAUCAGGCUUCCAAGCUGGAAAUGUGGACUUUUCUAUGUGUUAAACAGCAAUGGGGGAAUUAGCGUGAUGCUGCGUUUGAGGACCAAAAGCUCCCCAUGAACAAGACAGAGGUGUGUUACACAGGAAAAACAAUGUAAAUGUGUGUGCUAUUAUUUCUGUGCAUGGCUUAAAUGGUUU